AUGGCUAUAAGCGGCAAGGAGGAGCACGAGGAGAGCGAUGAGGCCGCCCAGGGCCGACCGGAGGCCGGCUUCAAGGGCGCCAACGGCAUCUUCAUCGACUACAUGUCCCGCAAUGCUCGCAGCAAGCACCCAAUGAUGCGAUGGCUCCUGGCAGACCAGGCGUCCAGGCAGAAGAUGGCCCAGCAGGUCUCCAAGGGAGAGGUCGGCAAGAAGACGCUCCGGAGCUACAAGGAUGCCAGGGAUCUGGUGAACUUUGAAAGGCUGGAGUGGAAUCUGAUGGACUUACUGACGAAGUUCUGGAAGUCGAAGAAACAUCCUCUCUGGGUGACUCCGCCAGAUGCUCUGCAGCAGAUCGUGCGACGCAUCUACAUGCAGCACAGCAUGGAGCUGGCAGCUCAGCUGUCGAAGCCGCGCAAGUGA